GGUGAUGAAGUCACACAUUACAUCAUUGAAAAACGUGAUGCUGAUAGUGACAAAUGGGAGAAGGUUGCUAAGGUACCAAGAAAGACAACUGCCUUUGAUAUCAAGAAUCUACCAGCAGAGGGAGCCUUCUCCUUCCGAAUUUUUGCUGAGAAUCCGUCUGGAAUCAGCGAACCUGUAGAACUUCGAUCACCAGUUAAACUACAGGCCAGAAAAGGAAAACCAUCUCCACCAGCAGAGGCACCAGAAAUUCUGGAAGUCGGACCUCACUACGUGUCGUUGUCAUGGAAACCACCAGAGUCUGAUGGUGGAUCACCAAUCACUGGUUAUUUUGUGGAACGUUCCGAUGCCUCUGGUCGCUCCUGGAUACCCGUCAAUAAGGUGGCUGUUCAGGAUCUGAAUUACAGAGUCAAUGAUCUGUUUGAAGGAAACCAGUAUGAGUUCCGAGUUCGAGCUGAGAACGCUAAAGGAGUCAGUGAACCAUCU